AUGAAGGUCUCCGCCUCCGCCCUCGCCCUCGCCGGCGCAACCCUCAUCUCGUCUGCUUCGGCUCACUCAUGGGUCGAAUAUGCCUACAAGCUGGCUAGAAACGGCACCAUGAUUGGGAACAUCGGUUUCCCUCGCGGAUACGUGCCCCGCGACUCUACCAACCCUCCCUUUACCGACUCCAUCCCCCAGAACAUCCUGCCGGCUGCUGGACAGCCCGCUUAUUCUGGUCAAGAGGUUCUCAACAAGUUCAAGCUUGAGAAGAACCCCCAACACCCCAUGCUCGAGGCCUCCGCUGGUGAUUACAUCGCCAUUAUGCACCUCGAGAAUGGCCACACCACCCUCCCUGAGAACCAGCCGAAGAAGCCCAAGAACCGUGGCACUCUGUACUUCUACGGCACUACCCAACCCAAGGAGCAGGAGAAGCUCUUUGACGUCCACCUGGUCUGGAACAAGGACGGCACUGGUGGUGACAAGCGCGGCCGCCUCAUCGCUACGCGCAACUACGAUGACGGCCAGUGUUACCAGCCCAACCCUGGCCAACUCAGCACCUCUCGAUCCAGCGAGCUCGCCCCUCUGGGCGCUCUUCCCACCAAGGAGCUGGCCUGCCAGUCCGACAUCAAGCUUCCCGAUGACCUGAAGGCCGGCGACAUCUACACCAUCUACUGGUACUGGGACUGGCCCGAUCUGAACGCCGAGAAGAUCAACAUGGAUGCCACCAAGAACGGCAAAUUCCCCUGGGCUGGCACCUUUAUGCGCGGCGAGAAGGACCCCAACGGCUUCACCAUGGACGCCAUCGCCCGGAACGAGAGUUACUCGAGCGUCAUCGACAUCAAGAUCACCGGCGCCCAGGCUGAUUCGUUUGUCGCCAAGGAUGUGGAGAGCUUGGACUGGGUCGACGACCAGAACAUUUACUCUGCUGGUAUCGAGGCCCAGAUGCGCAACAACUACCAGGUCGAUGUUGAUGGUAACGAGGGCGGUAGUGCUGUGCUUCCUUCGGCUUCUGCUCAGCCAACCUCGCCUGCUCAGCCCUCAUCGCCCGUCCAGCCUUCUGCCCCUGGCGUGCCUUCGUCGUCUGCCCCCAUCGGUGGUGGUGAUGGCGUCGCUACGGUGACCGUCACAGAGACUGUGCGGCCGCCUGCCACUGUCACGACAGUUUAUGUCACUGUUCCCGCCGAGUCCAUGACCACUGGGCCUGCCGCUGAGCCCACGAUUGAUACCACCAAGACAUCUACGACUACAAUCUUGGUAACCAGGAGCAAGACCGCUGGCAAUGGUGUCGUUACCUCGGUGGUCCCCAACCCCGUGGUCCCUAACCCCUCGCCUUCUAACCAGGCCUCUGAAGCUGUUGGCACUCCCCCAACUGCCCCCUCCUCGUUCUUGACCUUCGUCACCUCCAGCCCUACCGCCGGCGCUACCAACGUCGAGCAGCCGGAGCCGGAGCCUUCGACUGUCUACGAGACCAUCAUCACUCACAUCUCGACCAAGCCCUCGGCCACUGGCGAAGACGCCCCCGCUGAGCCCGCUCAGACUGUCGUCGAGACUCUCACCACCCACAUCAACACACCGUCCUCCACCGUCAUCAACUCCCCCCCUCAACAAACGAUCCCCGGUGGCCAGUUCCGCGAGACGCCCCUGCCCGUGAGCAGUGCCGCGCCGACCAAGAGCGGACCUCCCAUCCCUUCGGGUUUCCUCCGCCGACGUGAGAACUGGGUGUUUGGCGACUUUUAG